AUGAAGGAUUUUGAGGAAGUUUCAUAUUUACCUCAUAUAAAAUACAUUGACACAAUUGCAGAAGAAUUCAAAAAUCGAUUUAGUGACUUUAAAAAAAUCGAAAGCGACAUUUCACCACUAACAAUUUCUGCUGAGAAUGUAAGCAGAGCAGACCUUAAACUGGAAUUGUGUGAUUUGCAAUCAGAUCCUUUUUACCAAGGAAGAACUGAAAUCAAUGAUGGGAAGCACGAGUCUUUGCGAAAGCAGCUUUUCCAACAUGAAAUUUAUCAAGUCAAAAUUAGAGCUCAAGCGUUACAAAGAAGAUUAUUCAAAACCUUGGCUGAUGAAAUUGACUUGACAUACGGGAACUACUUUUUCACUCUGAAGUCCGAUGGUUAA